AUGAUUGACAAACUUUCCAAGCCUUUGAACGUGGGAGCUGCUGAACACGCUCACGACAACCAGAUGUCCUCACCAUCUAUCUUCAUCCUGCCCUUCGAACUACUGUCAGUGGUCAUAGAAGCCGUUGCUCAGUGCGAACCACCUCGUUCUCCGGUGUCUUUUUACGACCGAGAGGCAGUGCGAACGGAACUCGAUCCAUACAUGCGCGCGCGCUUGUGGGAACCUCUCGUACAGGGCGGUACGCUAGGGUGGAUUAGACUUUCGCAUGUCUGCCACGCCUGGAGGACCCAUAUCUGCGAGAAUAUGUCUACGCUAUGGGGCCAUUAUAUUGGCUGUUUCUCGCGCCACGGUGCGCUCGACGAGAUGCUCCGACGGGCAGGAGAGAGCACACCGUUAUCAGUGACGUCUGGUCUAGAUGGGAAAUCUAUCGCUGCACUGUACCCGUUGCAGCUUCUUCGCCAUCGCCACCUCGCCACUGUUACUCUGUCGGAAGCGAAGCGAUCGUCCGUCGACUCUCGUAUACGUUCUAUCCACGUCGUCGACUUGCGAGGAGAUCAUAAUGAUCUGCACCACGAUCCUCGCUCAUCCAUUUUCAACGCAGUUACCCAAUUACGCGUCUUUGAGAUGCAUUUCUUGCACAAUGGUCGUGGCACUUUCGGACCAGACCAUCUCAUCACUAGCCCGCUGGUCAUAUCCUCGCCCCUUCUUCGCGAAGUGCGCCUUACAAACUGCCUUUUUUCGUGGACGACCGCACACCUUACCCAUCUCUCUCUUGCGUUGGACUGUGGUGAGUUUUCUGGUGACAUACUCGUCAAAAUACUGCGCGAGGUCGCGCCGACCAUCGAAGUGUUGGAGCUCGAUUAUUGUCUUCCAAUGGAGUAUUUCGACCACCCUCGCCCGACGUUCUCAUUCCCGAAACUGCACCACCUACGCCUCCGCGAUCAGGAUAGGUGCCUUGCGGGUUUCUUACAAGUCUUUCACCAUGCGCUCUUGGCGAAGCUCGAUCUCACGCUGAAACCCACACGUAACUGGAAGAGUAUAGCUGGACCUUGCAUGAAUGGCGCACUACGGUUAUUGCGCCAUGCUUCAGGUCAGCUUUGCGACUCUUUGACUGUCACCCCGGAAUUCAGUGAACAGCGUGACGAUGGCGUGCUCAGAGAGCACAUCCGGUUCAGCUUCUUUCGAGACUCGAUUUCGGCUCGGCCCUCCCCAUUUGCGGCCGAGUUUGAUCUGUCUAUCAUGGCUGUCGAAAAUCCUCGCGAUAUCCACGUAUUCUACUCCGAGUGUUUCCUCGUGAUUCGAAACGCGUUGGAAGACGCCAUGCCGGACCUUUGGUCCAAUAUCAUCAGUUGUGACCUCAACCUGCCUUCAUGGAAGCACCGGCUCAUCUAUUCGCAUGUGCUCCAGAAGCUGCCAAACUUAUGCCGAGUACGCAUCGUCGAGUUGUGCAACCUGGCGAAGUUCUCGUCCGCGGAGAACACAGUCCUUCCCUGGGACAGCAUUCACUCUCUCAAUCCGCACUUGGAACAGUUAAGGAUCGUACAGAGCGGGAAGUUGACACCCAGAGUGAUCACUUCGUAUGGCUCCGUUCUAGCUGGCGAACUAAAGGCCGCGACCUCAAUCGUUGCUGAUUGGAGCCAAGUACGCAGGGCGCCUCUUGCCCUUCUGCGCCUGGAUAUGGUUAACUCUGGCGAGAUCUGCGAAGUGGGGGAGAAGUUAAAGGAGAGCGUCAUCGCGAUGUUUGAUGGGGUUGCGGAGAGGGUGGAGCUAGAGUUCAUUGAGGCUUGA